UUGUGAAGAUUAGGCGGGCAGAUUUUUCAGCUAGCUCUGUCACCGCCUACUCGAGAAUAUGCAGCGCGCAUUUCGAAGAGGAGGAUUACCACUCAGGGGAUGCUAAAAUGGUCUCACUUGGAUUAAAGAGUGAGAGGAGUGCUAAAUUACUUCCUACCGCCGUGCCGUCUGUGAACGCAAACCUCUCUGCUUGCCCCGUCCCGAGGUCGAGAGACACCGUCUGCCGCAAGCGAGAAAUUGCCACGAUGUUGACAGACGCCUCACAGCAGGAGACUGUGGACAGUGUAGACACUGUGGAGAGUGUCGAUACUGGGGAUCAGCCCUUGCCCUCCUCCACUUCUGACGCUGGGACACAGUGUUCUUUGAAGCCCCCCCGAUGGUCUCAUGCUGUGCAGGUUAACCUGAAGCCCAAGAUGGUCAGCGUGGGCACACAGACAUCAUUCGGCACACAAACCUCCACUCCCCUUGCUAGUCCUGAACAGACAGAUGAAGAUGAUGAUAAUGCCUCUGUCAUCAGUGACUUAUCGUGGGUGCCCGAAGAGCCGAUGCAUGAGGAGGACUUGUUUGAUGAGGAGCCACAUUACACGUGUGACCCCCAUCACAAUGGCAUUGACAAAUUCAUUGUUUGCCAAGAGGAGCUGAUGGGCCUUUUUGUCAUCUGUCCGGCCUGUUGUGAGAGGUCAGAUAGUAGCAUCGUGCAGCAGGAAGGAACUUUUCUUAAGAUCAAGCAGGCCUGUGCAUCAUGUGGCUACCACCGUUUCUGGCAAAACCAGCCAAUGCUCCACAGGAACAUGCCGACCUGCAACCUCCUGUUAAGCGGGGCCAUUCAUUUCACUGGAUGUUUGGCCACCCAGACAUUAAGAAUGUUGACUCUGUUUGGCCUGCAGUGCAUCAGUGCGAGCAGUUACUUUCGCCAUCAGCGCUGCUACACCAUCCCUGUAAUCGUUCAGGCCUGGCAAAACGAUCAAGCGAAGAAUUUUAGUGACCUACGGGCAAUGGAUGGCGGGCUAGUUCUUGCUGGUGACUGCAGGUCAGAUUCUCCUGGGCACUGCGCGAAGUAUGGAUCCUACUCUCUGAUCGAGGACAGAGUGAACAAGGUGGUGGAUGUUCAGCUUGUUCAGAGCUCAGAGGUCCCCAACAGCUCAUGGUGUGAGCUUGAAGUGCUCAAGCGCAGUGUUGGCCUGCCGAGGGGAAAGGACCUGCAUUUAGCAACGCUGAUCACGGACCGUCAUCGCCAGGUUGCCAAAUGGGUGAGAGAGGAGCUGAGCCCUGAAGGGACACGGCAUUAUUUUGAUGUGUGGCACAUUGCCAAAAGUCUGGGGAAGGCAUUGGAUGCAGCUUCAAAAGAGUGUGACCAACUACAGCUGUGGAGGCCUGCUAUAGUGAAUCACCUCUAUUGGACUGCAGCCUCAACCCCAGACGGCAACCCAGCAGUCAUGGAGGCUAAAUGGAAAAGUUUAGUCAACCACAUCCAGGACAUCCAUGACCAUGACACCCCUGCUUUCUCCAGUUGUGCCCAUGGCCCUCUAGACGGGGAUCAGCGCAACAAAGAGUGGCUGGACCCAGGCUCAUUGGCAGCAGUAAAGCUGGAGAACAUAAUCAGGAGGACUGCCUUACUGAAAGAUGUUCGACAGUUGUCUCCACAGCAUCAGACAUUCUCCCUUGAGGCUUACCACUCCCUCAUCUUGCACUUCGCACCCAAGCACACAGGGUUUUCAUACGUUGGCAUGUAUAGCAGGUCAGUGCUAUCCAAGGAAUAA